AUGGAGUGCAAGAAAACCAGUGGACAAAUAGUAUUGCCUGUGUUUUACAAUGUGAAACCCCACGAGGUGCGAGAACUACAGGGGGCCUUUGGAGAGGCCUUCAAAUUUGGUAUGCAUCGUUUUAAGGAGGAGGAUGUCAAGCAGAAAGCGCUGGUAGCUCUCAGAGAAUUAGUCGAUUCUAGAGUAUUCGAAUCAGAGAAAACUACUAAUGGGCGUGAAGGGGAAUUGGUAAAUGAACUCGUAGAAAUAAUAAUGCGCAAGCAGCAACAAGAUUUUCAACCACAUCUUCCUGUAAACUUGGUUGCAAUUGAGGAUCGUGUGGCUGAGGUUAUGGAAUUGGUGGAUCUUGCUUGCCCAGACACUCGAAUUAUUGGGAUUUGGGGGAUGGGCGGCAUCGGUAAGACAACUCUGGCUACGAUCAUUUAUAAAAAGCUUUUUGACAAUUUUCAAUACCGCUGCUCUCUCAAGGAUAUUAGAGAAACAACUAAAAGCAAGGGUAUAGAGCAUGUCCAAUCUCUAUUGAUCUCAGAUAUAUCAAAAGGUCCUAAAAGUACUGUGCGUGAUCCCGAGAUAGGGAUUAAUAAGAUCCGAUUAAGUUGUCACAAAAAGAAGGUACUUAUUCUUCUUGACGAUGUGGAUCGUCGAGACCACCUUGAUAAUUUGAUUGGAGGUUCUAAUUUUGAGUCGGGAAGUAGGAUCAUUAUUACAUGUCGAGAUAUGGCCCUUUUGGACUGCGAAUAUAAACAGUAUGAACUCAAAGAAAUGGAUUACGAAGAAUCUAUGCUUUUGUUUAGCAGAUAUGCAUUUGAAGCGGAACGACCUCCCACAGAACUCGAGGCUCUUUCUCAUGAUAUUGUUAACACCACAGGAGGGCUUCCCUUAGCCCUCACGGUUAUAGGUUCACUUCUCAAAAGAAGAGACAAAAGCAUAUGGAAAGAGAUGUUGGAGAAAUUGAGGAAGAUGCCGCAUAAGGAAGUACAAGAAAAGUUGAAGCUAAGUUACAAUACACUAGAAGAUAACGAGAAACAAUUGUUUCUAGACAUAGCAUGUAUUUUCAUUGGAACUUACAAAAGAAUUGCCACCUACCUGUGGAGGAUGUCCAAUUGUACCCAAAUUCUGCAUUGGCAAGAAUGA